UAUUCCGGACAAUAAUCGUAGGUGUCUGCUGGGACUGGGACUUCCCUGAGACCUGGCACGUGAAGACCUUAGCAUUGUCCGUGGCACACAGCAAAUUCCCUGCUCUUAUUGUUGGGUGGAGAGGAGGAGUCAAGACCACCUCGCCGAGGAGAAGCAAACCUGGGACGGAGCCCUGCGGCACCUCUGCCCGGCUGCGUUUCUCCGCUCCGGCGCCUCUGCCUCCGGGAUCUGAGCGCUUCGGCAGCGCAGCCACUGAGCCCGCGCGCCGCACGCCGCGGUUCCAUGCACACGCCGCUUCCGCCCCCGGCGGCUCGGCUAAUGCCUGUCGUCUUUGGGGUGGCUGGGACCCUCCAAUCUUUAUCGGCGCUGAGAGCCUGGCCGCGGAGACUGCCCCCCGGGGUUUGCUGAGAUCCGGAGAAGCUGGAGCAGCCGGGCAGCCAGCAGCAGCGGCGGCGGGCUGGGUGCAUGGGGCCGGGGGGCAGCCCGGAGCCGCCGAGGGUUCCGCAGGGCGCAUCAGGACUCGGGGGCGCGGCGGGCGGCCGCCUGCACCUGGCCCGGGAGGGGCGGGGAGGACGCGCUCGGGUGGCCGUGCAGGGCCCGCCCCGGCUCCGCCCUCCAGGACAUCCCGUCCGAAAACCCGUGAGCAGCACGGCCGCGCGGCUGCGGCUCUGCCUGGGCGCGACAGGAUGUGGUUAGUACCUUGAGGAACUGCAGGCACCAGAGAGAAAGCCUUCGACAGCCAGGUUGGAUCAAGAGAGCAGAUGCCUGGGAAGCACUCAAUUUAACCCCAAGUCUCUCCGGGGGGAAAAAGGAACAAAGGGAAGCCACGCCGCAAGGGACUGCAAAGCAAUGCCACGAGGAGGGAGUUGGCGUGACCUGGGUGAUUCUGAGUGAGUCAGUCAGGGAGGCUUUCCUAGAGGAGGCCGAGGCCCCAGGGUGUGGCCACCACGACACAUCGAGCUGUUUCCAGGGCCGGGCCCAGCACUCGAAGCUGACCCAGCCGAGGUCCCCAUUGGUUCCGCCAGGAUGAGGCUGUUGCGCAGGCGCCACGUGGCCGCGCGCCUGGCCGUGGUGGGCAGCGCCUUCGCACUCUUCCUCUUCAUCCUGCAGAGGGACGUAAGCGGCAGGGAGCAGGCCACAGAGAAACCGUGGCUGAAGUCCUUGGUGAGCCAGAAGGACCACGUCCUGGACCUCAUGCUGGGGGCCGUGCACAACCUUAGGGAUUCGAUGCCCAAGUUCCAGAUCAGGGCUCCGGAGCCCCAGCAGACACUGGCCUCCACAAACCAGUCCUGCCUCCCCGGGUUCUACACCCCAGCUGAGCUGAAGCCCUUCUGGGAACGGCCACCACAGGACCCCAACGGCCCUGGGGCAGACGGGAAAGCAUUUCAGAAGAAAGAGUGGACGCCUCAGGAGACCCAGGAGAAGAAUGAGGGCUACAGGAAGCACUGCUUCAAUGCCUUUGCCAGUGACCGCAUCUCCCUGCAGAGGGCCCUGGGGCCGGACACCCGACCCCCCGAAUGUGUCGACCAGAAGUUCCGGCGCUGCCCGCCUCUGCCUGCCACCAGUGUCAUCAUUGUGUUCCACAACGAGGCCUGGUCCACGCUGCUGCGCACAGUGUACAGUGUCCUGCACACCACCCCUGCCAUCCUGCUGAAGGAGAUCAUUCUGGUGGACGAUGCCAGCACAGACGAGUACCUGAAGGAGCCGCUGGAGCGGUACGUGAAGCAGCUGCAGGUGGUGAAGGUGGUGCGGCAGGAGGAGCGGAAGGGGCUGAUCACCGCCCGGCUGCUGGGAGCCAGGGUAGCCCAGGCGGAGGUGCUCACAUUCCUGGAUGCCCACUGUGAGUGCUUCCAUGGCUGGCUGGAGCCCCUCCUGGCUCGCAUCGCCGAGGACAAGACGGUGGUGGUGAGCCCAAACAUUGUCACCAUCGACCUGAACACUUUUGAGUUCUCCAAGCCUGUCCAGAGGGGCCGAGUCCAGAGUCGUGGCAACUUUGACUGGAGCCUGACCUUCGGCUGGGAAGCUCUACCUCCGCGUGAGAAGCAGAGGCGCAAGGAUGAGACCUACCCCAUCAAAUCCCCGACGUUUGCUGGUGGCCUCUUCUCCAUCUCCAAGUCCUACUUUGAGCACAUCGGUACCUAUGAUAAUCAGAUGGAGAUCUGGGGAGGGGAGAACGUGGAAAUGUCCUUCCGGGUGUGGCAGUGCGGGGGCCAGCUGGAAAUCAUCCCCUGCUCUGUGGUCGGCCACGUCUUCCGUACCAAGAGCCCCCACACCUUCCCCAAGGGCAUCAAUGUCAUUGCUCGCAACCAGGUGCGCCUGGCUGAGGUCUGGAUGGAUAACUACAAGGAGAUUUUCUAUAGAAGGAAUCUGCAGGCAGCAAAGAUGGCCCAAGAGAAAUCCUUCGGUGACAUUUCGGAACGACUGCAGCUGAGGGAACGACUAAACUGUCACAACUUUUCCUGGUUCCUGCACAAUGUUUACCCAGAGAUGUUUAUUCCUGACCUGAAGCCCACCUUCUAUGGAGCUCUCAAGAACCUCGGCAUGGAUCAUUGCCUGGAUGUGGGAGAGAACAACAAUGGAGGAAAGCCGCUCAUCACGUACGCCUGCCACGGCCUUGGCGGCAACCAGUACUUUGAGUACACAACCCAGAGGGACCUUCGCCACAACAUCGCAAAGCAGCUGUGUCUACAUGCCAGUGCCGGCACCUUGGGCCUUAGGAGCUGCCACUUCACUGGCAAGAAUAGCCAAGUGCCCAAGGAUGAGGAAUGGGAAUUCACCCGGGAUCAACUCGUCAGGAACUCAGGAUCUGGUACCUGCCUGACAGCCAAGGACAAAAAGCCAGUCAUGGCCACCUGCAACCCCAGUGAUCCCCACCAGCACUGGCUCUUCCUCUAGGCUGCAGCUCGUCUCCUGUGGGAGAUCCCACAAGCCUCUCGGGAGACAGGAUUUGGGGGAGCCUGAUGUUUGAGAACCUAAUCAUCAGCUUCCCUGUCAACCUUAAAGAUGGAUCUCAAACCCAACGGAAGCCGAGGCAGAACCUUCCUACUCCUUGCAACAGCAUUGGGCCCAUUCUCUUUCCUCCACAUUGGCGGAAGAGACCGUUAGAACACAUUACACGUGGCCUAGAGCUUUCCUUCUGCCUCAGGAACAGACUUCCGGAGCAGCCGGGGUGGGCCCGGGGCAGCAGUGCUGAAUUCAAGGAAAGUACCUCUGCAGGCACGUCUUGAAUCCCUGGUCAUCUAGAACCCCCGCAGAAUCCAGUGAACUAGUAUAUUCUGUCAGACGGGUUAGAGGUCUAUGAGCCUCCCUUGGUAUUAUUACCUGAAGCACCUUGACAGGAAUCCUUUGUCUUAUUUCAUCCGCAUAGUAGUCCUGUGAGAAAGACAGGAACCACGGUGGCCAUUUCAUAGACAAGAAAGCUGAGGCAGAGAGAAAUAAAGGAGCUGGUCUGUAUCCCACAGCUAGUGGAUGGCUGGAGCCAAGACUGAGGCUCAAACUUGAACCCUGAACCCGUGCUCCUCCCACCACACCACAAGAACACUAGGCAACUAGCCAUCAGCUCCCCAUCUCUCUUCCUUCUAGUCUGAUCAUUUCUGGCUGGCUUGUCUCCAUAAAGCCUAGACCACGGGAGCCAGAUAGCCGUGAGGGAGACCACAUUUGGGAAUCCCGGAUGUUCGUUUUGAAAGAAAGCUUGUGGAGCCAGUGAUUCUCAGGGAUUUAAGUCCCAGAACCUUUUUUCAGUGCUCCAUAUGUAAUGUAGUUCAAAAGCAAAACAGCCAUGGAUGAACACGCGCGUGGGUGAGGGCAGUGCCUACCAGCCCCUGAACUUCUAAAGGUCUGCAAGCACAAUUUGAAAAUCAUUGUUUUUAGUCCAACCCUAUCAUUUUCAUGUUAUGAAACCGAGGCCAGAUAAGUGAAGUCAUUUGCCUAAGGCCACACAACCAGGUAUUGGCAGCCUUGAGGCUAGGACCCAGAUAAGGCUAAGGAGAGCCCUGGGAAGUCUGAGGAAGCGGGGACAGCCGGUAGAGCGUGACUGCAUCGCUGGCCUUGUCUGCUGUUCUCUCGUGAACUCCCCACGUGGAGCAGAGCUGCCGUGCGUGUCGGCCCUUCUCCAAGCAAGUUGGACCCUACCAUGCGUGGCUGCUUUGCCUGAAGCAGACAGCCCAGCUUGCCCAGAGGAGAACUCAUUCCUUCCAGGAGGGCUUCAUACUUUGAGUAGCAGGCUGUCAUCUUGGGCAUCACCACAUGAGGGUGCCGUGGGACCAUCAGCUGCGUCUCUUUCCCACGCAGCUCCACGCCGUAGACGUCUCCGAGGUCCCAAGGGGUAGCCCAGCCAAAGGGAGAGGAGGUCAGCCAGGAUGUGUCCUGGAGUGGAGAAAGGGAAAGGUUCUUUCCCAGAGAGAGAAGAGAAUUGUACAUGAGAUCCCAGUGAAAAUAAAGGUUUUAUGGCAUUGGUAAAGGAA